AUGAAAGCUCAAAGUUCAGUAGAGAAAUUAUUCACGUCGAAAGCCAUACGCAACGAUGAACAAAUGCCAGUUUUACUGAUCACUAAACAAAGAUGUAUCAAAGCUUGGAAAAUUUAUCAACAUCUUUUUGAACAAUCAGUACAACUUUUCAGUUUCGAUCCCAUCAGUGUUGGUAAUAUCGUGAACCAAAACGAGAAAUUGAGAGAGCAACCAACCUCGAAAAUCCUUCAGUUACCCGUGAACAUUUUUGCACGUACCACGCUACAAGUAACAGAUAAGGAAAAGCAAAUCAAGUCUUUAUUCAAGCAUGCUGGAAAACAUCUAAUUAACGAAUAUAUUGAGCAAUUGGUUACCGAUGGUUUGUUAAAAGAAGGAAAAUUUUUGGUCGAUGGACGCGGAAAAAGCAUGAUUUCAUGGAUGAAACUAAAACUGCCGGAUCCGAUAACAAAACCAGAAGAACAUAAAAAAUUUCGAGAAAAAUUGGAAAAAUACGGUAUAUCAAGUGACGCAUAUGAAACAUUGUAUUCGUUAUACCAAAUACCAACAAAUACGUCACUUUCGCUUGAACUGCAACAGUUUUUGGAAUUAAAUCCGGAGUAUAGAGAUGAUUGGGAAAAAUACGUCGGCGAAAACCAAGAUUUUCUAUUAGACAAACAACAAUCAAAUAGUAAACAAAUAACAACAACAGUCGCUGCUGCCAUCAGUAAGAAAAGUACUUCCUCGCUUUUUGCCGACGUAAUGAAACUGUUGGAUACGACAACAACAACAAAUGAAAAUUCAGUCAGUGGUUUGUCCGAUCUAGCUCAAAGCAGCGGAAUCCAACAUGAUCUAUUCCCAAAUUAUUUGUGUAAGUAG